AUGGCUGCAUUGCACAAAACCAUCUACAUCGGCCCGUUCGUGCAUUGUGCGACCCUAACGGAGUUGGAUGUCUGUCCCAAUGGCACGAUAGGCGUGAGCGAGGACGGCAAAAUCGCAUUCAUCCUUCGCGAUCGGCAAGAAAGACAGGUGCCGCAAGGGCAAGGGUGGGAGGAGGCGAGAAUCGUCAGGAUACAGGAUCACGGCUUUUUCUUCCCGGGUUUCAUAGACACGCAUAUCCAUGCUUCGCAGUAUCCAAAUGCCGGAGUCUUUGGGAGUUCAACGCUGCUGGACUGGUUGAACACCUACACUUUCCCACUGGAGUCUUCCUUCAAGCAUCUCGACAAGGCCGCUCGAGUGUACAACCGAGUCGUCGCGAGAACCCUCUCCCACGGCACCACGACCGCAUGCUACUACGCCACCAUCCACGUCCCCGCGACGAACCUGCUAGCCGACAUCUGCCAGUCUCGAGGACAGCGCGCGUUCGUCGGACGCGUGUGCAUGGAUCGAAUGAGCCCAGAGCACUACCAAGACGAGAGCACGGAAACCGCCAUUCGCGACUCGCAAGCUUGCAUCGACCACGUGAAGCAAAUCGACCCGCACUUCGACCUCAUCACCCCCAUCAUCACCCCCAGGUUCGCGCCGUCAUGCACCCCGGAGUCCUUGACCGCUUUGGGCCAUUUGCACCAGCGAACCGGCGUGCCCAUCCAGACUCACAUCGCGGAGAACAAGCCCGAGUGCGCUCUCGUGCAAGAGCUCUUCCCGGAAAGCAAAAGCUACACCGAUGUCUACGACUCCUUUGGCCUGCUGACCCCGAAAACCAUCCUAGCCCAUUGCAUCUACCUAAGCGAAGAAGAGCAACAUCUAAUCCGCACCCGGGAUUCCAAAGUCAGCCACUGUCCCGCGAGCAACACCGCGCUUUCAUCCGGCACGGCGAAAGUGCGCCAACUCCUCGACAACGGCCUGACCGUCGGCCUAGGCACAGAUGUCAGCGGCGGCUACACCCCCAGCAUCCUCGCCCAAGCCCGCGAAGCACUCUUUGUCAGCCGUCACGUUGCCAUGACUGAAGGCAGUCAGGCGAAACUCAGCGUCGAAGAGGCGCUGUAUCUUGCGACUCGUGGUGGGGCUCAGGUCGUGGGUCUUGCGGACCGGAUAGGCGGGUUUGAGGUUGGGAUGGAUUGGGAUGCGCAGAUGGUGACUCUGUCUGAGGUGAGUGAGAAGAGUGAUGAGCUCGAUCAGGGUGUGGGGCCGGUGGAGAUUUUCGGUGGUGAGGAGUGGGGUGUCAAGAUUGCGAAAUGGGUGUACACGGGCGAUGAUAGAAAUACAGCAGCGGUGUGGGUAAAGGGGAGGUUGGUGCAUAGUAGGGGCAUGUUCAAGGCGUAA